UAUCGAUACCUUAUCUACUUAGAAGUAUUUAGAAAAUUGCCAUUUACUUAAAAGGAUAAUACGCACAGCGUGUACUUCACCCUCACGUACAAUUCACUCAAGAUCCGCAAAGCAUCGCUACCAUUCACCGCCUGCCAAUAAAGAUUCGAACUUCCGUGCAGGAUGAGCCAAAUUCAAAGAUCGGGAACAACGAGAUAGCCCAGCCUCAACCGCCGCCCUCGACGCCGACCAAAACGCGUGGCGUUGUAUCGCCCUCGUCCGUCGUGACACCCCAAGCCGUUAGAAGCGGACUGGCCAGAUCUCCGGAAGCCACGACGCCCAGAGGGCAACUCAUGCAGGAAACGGGGGGUCCAACCCUCACAAACGGACGCGCAUCCAAAACACCCUCGCCAGACGUGACGAACAGCAAAGGCACGCCGAAGGGUCAUUCACCGGGAAGGUCACCAACUUCCCCGCGUCCACCCAGCAGCUUACGCAUUAGAUCCGCCGGCGAUAAAUCUUCCCCCGAGACACCUAGAAAAACGUCCCCCGGUACAUCUAAUAGAGUAUCCCCCCGCACACCGAGGAAAACUCCGUCUCCUAAGGACUUGCGUCUUCCGAAGCUCACGUCUUCGCAGAUAUCGCAAGAAGCAAAUCCAGCGGUUGCCGAAACUCAUCAGAAAAUCACUUUACCGAAAUUGAUCGAACAUCCAUCGUCGCAAUCCGCCCGAAUGGCAUACUAGAUCGAGCUAUCGAAUCAAAAACGUGAAGGGCUUUCUAGCGCUUUAGUACAGAAUGUCACAGACUCCUCGCAGGUUCUCUCAUUUGCGACUGAUUUCAAACUGAACUCU